UUUCUGGGCUGUUAAAAUUUUAGUGUUCCGUGACUUGCGGAAUCGGGAAAAGGGAAAGACCUUAUUGGUGUCGCAUUGAUAAUCGCGUAGUGCAUCCAAACCACUGCAGCGGUCCACCAAUCGGAAUAUCCGAAUCAUGCGACGCUGGACCGUGCUUCACCUGGCAGACUGGCGAAUGGAGUUCGUGUUCGGCUACAUGUGGUGAUGCGAUUCGCAGAAGAACGGUGCUUUGUAAAUAUACGAAUGGAACGGCGAGUAGAGAAUGCAAUUCUUCGUCCAGGCCGAUUAACUCAAUAAGUUGUGCGUUGGAACCUUGUCCGGCCAAAACGACAUUCGCUCCGGUAACAUACUCUUCAAACUUACCAGCUGAUGAUCUAGCACAACAUGAGAAUGACGUUGAUAGUCAUCGCAUUACAUUCCGUUCCGGAUAUACGUGGAAUAUCGAAGGUUUUGAAGAAUGUUCGAAAUCCUGUGGAGGAGGCUUCGCAAAUCAAAUAAUAAGAUGCAUUUCCGUUGAAACUGGCAAAAUCGCGCCAAACCAGGAUUAUUGUGAUAUAAAGAAGCGGCCUCAUGAUUUGGUGGCUUGUAACGAGCAUCAAUGUCCAAAUUGGACAACGAGUGGUUGGAGUCAGUGUGACGUUAAAUGUGGCGAUGGAUACCAGCAUCGGCAAGUUCUAUGCCAAGAUUUAAGAGGUGAAAUUAUGAACGAUAGUGACUGCACGGAAAAAUCAAGGCCACGACAUGCACGGAAGUGCCAGAGAGCUCUCUGUAUUACUAAUAAAACUAACUAUAAUUCACAAGCCACACAAUCUUACAAAUGGCGUAUGGGAAGCUGGAGCGAAUGCUCGGCCAGCUGCGACAACGGGUUCCGCCGUCGCGAGGUCACCUGUCAUCGCGUCAACGGCUUCGGAUGGCAAGACCCGAGUCCAAGCGCCGGCUGCUCGCCAAAGGACAAACCCGCGAGUGAGCAGCCUUGCAAGAGUCGCGGAUGCGGCGAUCAAUUCUACUGGGAGGCAGGCGACUGGAAGAAGUGCUCGCAGCCGUGCGGGCGUAAGGGCAGGCAAGUGCGACGGCUUAUAUGUCGCGAUCGACAAGGGAAGAAGGUCCGCAAGCGCUAUUGCCCGGCAAAUCUCAGGCCCCAACGAAAGCGCAAAUGCAAUCAGAAGCCGUGCACGGGACCGACCACGUGCCUCGAAGUUCAGAGUCGACUGAAAACUAACGAGGAUGGCGAGUACACGCUGCACGUCGGAGGAAGAUACAUGUCGAUCUAUUGCCACGGGAUGGAAGGCUCUGAGCCCCUGGAGUAUCUGACGUUGCCCACCGGCGAGCGGGAGAACUAUGCCGAGAUUUACGACAAACGGCUUCGGAAUCCACACACCUGCCCUUUCGACGGCAGGAGAAACGAUAGUUGCGAAUGUAUGACAGAGUCGGUAACAAUAUCUGGUAGAACACUGUUUAAAAAAGUGAGAAUUAACGUUAACACGUUGAGCAUCAUAGGUGACGAUUACAGAUUUUCCAUGAAAAUUGGCGCAAAUAACAUUGAAUUUGGAAAGGCUGGCGACUGCUAUAGUCGAAUGAAUUGCCCUCAAGGUCGAUUUGCAAUUAACUUAAGUGGCACUUUGCUAAUGUUAUCGCCGGAGGUCCAUUGGCCAAAGCAAAAAAAUGCCUACGUUAUCAUUAAUAAAAUAAAUAAUCAGCGAAUAAUUGGAAAAUGUGGUGGAUACUGUGGAUUUUGCACACCUUCGUAUGGUUUAAAAUUGAAUGUUUUGCCACCAUAGAGUUGCGAUAAAAAGCAAAAA